AUGUCGCCAGAGUUACCGACGCGAAAUUUGGCUGCCCCCAGCAGCCAUGCUGCGUCGCUGGGCAAUCCGUUGGUGAAAAGUGAGAUGUCCAGGUAUUCCUCGACGAUGCAGGGUUCAGACGUGCAGCAACAACAACAGCAGCAGAUACAUAUGCAGAAUCGAAUACCGGUUGCUGGUGGGUCUAUGACUGCUCAGCAGCUUGCGUCGUCGAAUAGACCGCCAUCAAACGAGUUUGUUCGCAAACUGUUCAAAAUCUUGGAAAGUAACAUAUAUUCCAAUAUAGUCCGCUGGACUGAAGAGGGGGAUAGCUUUGUAGUGUUAGACACGGGGAAGUUCACAACACAGAUAUUACCAAACCAUUUCAAACACUCGAAUUUUGCCAGUUUUGUCAGACAACUGAACAAAUAUGACUUCCACAAAGUGAAGAGGAAGAUGGACGACAAACAGAAGCCGAAGUUUGGAGAGCUCAGUUGGGAAUUCAAACACCCGGCGUUCCAGAUACACAACGAGAAGGCCCUCGAUAACAUCAAGAGAAAAAUGGCUGCGUCCAAGAAAAUGGACGAGAGCUCCUUCACGGGUCGGAUGCAAGGUACCGGUGGGGAGAACUCAACGGGCACGACUAUUAGUAAGGACGUUUUCAACAACUUGAAGAAAAGAGUCGAGGGCUUGGAGAAGGAACUUUUCGCUUCCAAAAAUGAAACACUAGGAAUUAAAAUCGAGGUCCAAAAGAUGAACUCUAAAUAUAACGCCCUGUUAGAGAGUCUGAUAACAUUCAAAACGGUAAACGAAAAUCUAAUGAGCAGCUUCAAUCAGCUUUGCUCGUCACUGUCAAAUAACGCAAUCAACAUUCCUCAGCAUAUCUACCAGAGCGCCCCGGGGACGAAGGAUGGGAACUUGACGGCUCCGGUAUUCAAAAGCCACCAGGGCUCGCCGAACAACAACGAACCAAAUCAUGCACAGUCCUUGAUAAAUAACCCAUUACCUCUCAUCGGAACGCCAAGCAACGACAUAUUGCUCCCCCUACAGACAUCCGAAUCGCGAAAUAACGGAGUGGAAACGUCGAGUAAUCGAAGCAAUAACAAUUCGAAUACAACUCCAGGGAGCAAUGAUGCCAACGUGGCGGACCUGAAACAAAUCCCGAACGAAUUUAAUGCUCAGGUGCCGCAACAGGGGUUGGAUCUGAACAACGUUGAGUUGCGGAAGGGGUUCCAUGUGCUACUAGUAGAAGACGACGCAAUCUCAAUCCAGUUAUGCUCGAAAUUUUUGAGGAAAUACGGUUGUACUGUGCAGGUCGUCACAGACGGGUUGUCGGCCAUCACCACUUUGGAGAACUCAAGGUACGAUUUGGUUCUUAUGGACAUUGUCAUGCCCAACCUCGACGGGGCCACAGCAACAUCCAUAAUUAGAAGCUUCGACAACCAAACACCAAUCAUUGCCAUGACCGGGAACAUUGAUGAUGGUGAUCUUAUAACUUACUUGCAACAUGGUAUGAAUGAUAUCCUGGCAAAACCAUUUACGAGGGAUGACCUGCAUUCAAUGCUGAUCAGAUACUUGAAGGACCGAACGCCCUUGUGUGAACAGAAACGUCAACUCGCCUCUGAAUCGAAUGUAAAUCAUCAGCAGCCAAAUCAGCCAGCUGCCCCACAACAACAUCAACAUCAACAACAGCAACAGCUACCACAAUACCAAAAUGAGCACACCCAUCCCUCUCUAAACCAAUUGAGUUCACAACAGAAUGGCCCACAAAAUUCGCCGAAUACUCAAUUGCCACAAAACCAAUCAUCUAACUUACCUAUGGAUAGGGAUUUUGAGGACGAUAACCACAUAUCGAAGAAACCGCGCGUGUAA